UGUCAGUAUUUAUAUGUGGGUAGAUUAAGAUGUAGGGUAGGUUGCAGCGGCAUGCGAGAAAAUAAUAAAUCAGUCUAUACUCAGCUAUGGUGGUUUCAUUAUACUAUUCAUAACACUUUACAUGGCGCAGCCGGAAAAAAGACUUAUAUAAUGUAAAAUUAUAGAAAAAGUGUAAAAACUCUGUUCGGUUAUAAGUAAACUUGUGUGUCGUUAUUAAUAAAUAAGUAUUGUGAAAGUGAGGAUCGUUUAUCGCCACAAUGGAGUCAGUGCUGCAUCCGCCAUUACCGUUCAAAUUUGAGAACAAUUUAGUGAACGUUACAUCGGGAAAUUUAUGCAAAGAAUGGGAUAAAUGGAAAAAAGCCUUUUUAAUUUAUUACGAAGCUUGUGAAAUCGCGAAAAAACCACAAAAGGUUCAAAUUAACAUUUUACUGCAUAUAAUAGGUGAUAAGUGCCGCGAGGUAUAUGACCAGUUUAGCGAAGAGUCAAAAACUGUAGAUGAGUUGUUAAAGAAGUUUGACGAAUUUUUUGAACCCAAAAAGAACCUCGCCGUAGAGAGACACAAAUUCUUCACACGGAACCAGCAGGAGUUCGAAUCUAUUGAACAGUAUGUCUUUGAAUUAAAUGUGAUGGCGGCAAAGUGUGAGUUUAAAGAUCUGUGCAGUGACCUCGUGAGGGAUCGGUUAAUAUGCGGUAUUCAGGAGACAAGCUUGCGGGAACGACUUCUACGAGAAAGUGACUUGACGCUGCAAAAAGCUAUAGAAAUAUGUAGGCUAGCCGAAAUAUCCCGUGCUCAAGCUGGUCACAUAAAGCAGGAGAAUGUGGAACAUCAUGUGCAUGAAAUCAAAACUAAGCAAAAAAUAGCGAUGGAACGUCAAGGUCAACCGAGCUGUUGUUAUAGACAAGAACAUGAGGAUACAGAGGAUAAGGCGGUGCAUGCGGUCAGCGCGAACAAUCGCGGGCGCCGCCGCCGUGGAUCGUGGCGCGGAGGGCGCCCCGGACAGGCACACGCAGCUCCCGGGCACGACAACCUGCCAGCGGCGCGCGGCAGGUGGCAGCGGUCGUCACAAACCAACAGGACUGGCGGCCAUAGCUGUUCGAGAUGUGGGUCUACACAUAAAAGAUUCCAGUGUCCGGCAUUUGGUCAGCUGUGUGACAGGUGCCAUGGACGAAAUCACUACUCGAGAAUGUGUCGCGUGUAUGAAAUAAGAGGGGAAUCCACCGAUGAGGAUGGUGAGACCUCCUGAUCGGUGGACCUACCCUGUACCUGAACCUCGUCGCAACUAGAUUAAGUACCUAUUCAGAUGGUAAACAAUGAAAAUUAUGUUCGCAUGAUUAAGAUGAAAAGAAUAAAGUGUAGUCUUUGUGAUUAAAUUAGAAAACAGCGUAAAUAAAAAAGUUUAAAUUAAAUGUGAUAAAAAUAAUAAGCACAAUUAUUUGUAUAUGAUUUUAUAAAUGUGGAAUGAAUUUAAAUUUAGAUAGAUACC